GCUGGUUGCCAUGAGAACCCCGCGGCUCUCCGUGCGGCGGCACUUGACUAUGGCAGCGGUAGAAGCGGAGGAUCGCAGCGCUCGCAGGCGGGCCGCCAGGUUGCGGGCCACGCUGGAGGACGAGCGGCGGCUGGAGGAGGCUGUGCUGCGGGCAGAAGAAAACAAAAAGCGACGGCAGCUGGAGCUGGAGCAAGAGAAGAGGCUGGCGGACGAGUUGGCGAGGCUGAACCACGAAAAGCUUAAAGAUGAGAAGAUAAGGCAACAAAUAAGAGAGAACAGUCCUGAACUUCAAGAGUUAGAAAGAAAGCUAAAAGCUGCUUACUUGAACAAGGAGCGAGCCGCACAGAUCGCUGAAAAGGAAGCAAUACAGGAUGAGAUCAUGAAACGUGAGGGCGAAAUAGCCCAGAAGAUGAAGGAAGAGUAUGAAAGAAUAAUGGAAGAACAAAGUUCUGAAGAACAGAGGCGAAAUAAGGAGAAAAUAAUCUAUCACCAAGAACUGGAGAAACAGCUUGAGGAGCAAGAGAGGAAGAAACAGGAUUCAUACAAAGAAUUUCUAAGAGAGAAACUGAUGAUUGAUGAAAUUGUACGAAAAAUCUAUGAGGAAGACCAAAUGGAAAAGCAACUGAAGUUAGAUAAAAUGAGAACAACUCAAACGUAUAUUGAAGAAUUUAAAAAAGAACAAGCUCUCUGGAGAAGAAGGAAACAGGAGGAGAUGGAGGAAGAAAAUAGAAAAAUUAUGGAGUUUGCCAACCUUCAGCAACAAAGAGAAGAGGAUCGCAUGGCUAAAGUUCGAGACGCUGAGGAGAAAAAACAAAGACUUCAGAGCAUGAUGGCCCAGAAUCUGGAAAGAGAACGCCAGAAGUGUGAAGAACUGGAACAAAUCCGCCAAGAGCUGUAUCUGGAAGAGCAAGCAGAGACAGAAAGGAAGAAGGAGAUGGCAGAAAUUGAAAAGAGAAUAAGGCAACGCCUAGACUUAAGGCAAAUAUAUGAAGAACAAUUUGCUUUAAAGAGGGUAAUGCAACAAGUUAUGCAAGAAGAGGAAAAAGCUUUCAGACAACAGAUGUUGGCCAAGCUUGCAGAGGAUGAUCGCAUUGAACAGAUGAAUGCUCAGAAAAGAAGAGUGAAACAGCUUGAACACAGAAGGGCUGUGGAAAAACUUAUUGCAGACCGUCACAAGCAGUUUAUUGCACAGAAAGAGCGUGAACUUGAAGAAAGACAGUUAGAGGAAAGAAGACAGGAAGAGAUGCGUGCUAUUGUUGAAGAAGAGAGACAGAAACUCUUGAAAGAGCAUGCCUCUAAGUUGCUGGGUUAUCUUCCUCGAGGAAUACUCAAAAACGAAGAUGAUGUUAACAUGCUUGGAGAGGAAUUUAGAGUGGCUUAUCGGAAGAGUGGAGUAUUUCCUAGUGCUGAAAGUGAGGAAAUGAGAAAAGGAGACCAAGCUCAGGAAUGGAAUAAAGUCCAUGAAGAUCAAUGACUAGAUAGAGAGGAAGAAAUAAGCAGUUCUGGCACAGAGAACACAUCUUCUCAUUUGUAACAAAUAAAUAACUUUUUCUUCCUUUUUUUUUUUAAAGUGCUGUCAAAUCUUUACUAAUGGACACUGAAAGAUUUUUUUAACCAAAUCAGGACAGACUGUGAGUUUGUUUUUUACCCUUAGACUGCUGUACUUUUGAGUAAUUGUUCUAUUUUCUUAAUUCCACACCACCUCUUGUGGUGGUAACUUAUGAUUUCUGCAUCACUUAUCCAAGAAGUACAUGCUAACUGACAGGUGUACGCAGCAAAGUCAUUAUGGUAAAGUUAUGACAGGGACAGGUAGUUCUGAGAAGUUUUGCAUCUUCUCCAAAAUGGAUUAAGAAAACAGGAGAAGAAGAUGUAUCUGACUAAUCCUCAAAAAUUCUGCUGGUGAAUAUGCCUCCUCCAAGAGUUUAUAAAAACAUGUUGCUCCAACAUCUGCAUUUUGUUGCUGACCUGUCCAUCCUAUUGAACACAAAAAGAUGAAUAAAAGCCUGGGCAGUAGGCAGCAGAGCCCUCUCUGGAUCACCUGCACAUGCAACAUCAGGGAACGCAAACUGAUUUGCUGGAAACUGCCUCCACGUUUCCAAAUACAACAAGCUGCACAGCAUGCAAACCUUUUUGUCUUGUAUCAAGAUGAUAGAGUUGUAAAUAGAGUCAAGUAAAUCUUUUGUAUUAUGCAUUUUAUUCUGCAUCAAUAUAAAAAGCUUUGGGAUACAGCCUUUCAAGCAUUUAAAGACCAAACAAAAUCAUCUGCAUGCAAUGCAAAGGAUGUAUCAGCUAAUCAGAUGAUUUACUGAAAGAAUUCUAAUAGGUCUUUUAGGGAUUUUUGACACUGACUGUCACAGAUAAUACCUUUAGCACAGAUUUUUUUUGCAAGUCAUUCAGUGAGAGUAUAUUGUUAAAUAUAUUCAACUCCAAGUUUUUAAUCUUAAAAAUGCCUGGAAAAGGUACUUUAAUUUGUAAGCAGACAAAGUUUCUGCCAAUUCUUCAACACUUCAGGUAAAAGCUGUAUUCAUUUUCUCCUAUAAUGCCAUUCUUGGCGUGGGGGAGUGGUGGUGUUUGAAACUGCUGUGUUCUGAAAUUGCAUCCUAUAUCAAUUUCUGGAUUUUCUCCACUGUUCUGGCAUGGCUGAGGCCCUUGAAUAUCAGUAGGGGGGUGUAACCCUCCCUACAGGCUUUCUUCUCUCUCAGUAGCAAGCAUACACAGCACUUCUAUCUUUAGAAAGCUCAGCAACACCUGUCCACCCCAAAAAACACUUGAGAGAUAAUGUUUGCUUAACAUCAAGCUGGACUGAAUUAACAAGUGAGAGAGAACACAAAGGAAGGAAGGUUCUUCUAGAAAGGUGGUGAACAAAAAUAAAACUGGUGAAGUGCUACCAUUUAUUAGGUCAUCCAGAUGUAUAAAAAGAGAAAUGCUGGAAAGAAGAGGAUGGAAGUUUUUGAGAGAGUCAGAAUUUGGCUGCUGCCUGAGGUGGGUGUUCCAGCAGAAAUUAUCACAGAGACCAAACACCAAAAGAAUUAAAUGUAACAAACUAAUCACCAUAUUUCAGAGAGAUUACAAAAAGUAGUUGAGAAUCUUUGCCUAAACAUUAUGUGACAUUGCAUAAAUUCUUGAUAAUCUAAGGAAGAUUGUGAAAAUAUUAUUACUUAAGUCUUCUAGCAUUUAUGUUGCAACAGAAAUCACAACAGAUGGAAAAAAGCCCCAAAAUUAGAAGUUAUAUUUGUGCUAGCUCAACUGUACAGAAAACU